AUGUCGGCGGCGGCCGCGGCCCGGGCCGGGCCGGGGCUCGGGGAGGGCGCGGGGGGUCCCUCUGGGGGUCCCUCGGGGGGCGGCGAUGGCGCCGGCGGCAUCCUCAACCGAUUCGUGCGGCUGCCGGCAGGGCCGCGGGCAGCGGGCCAGCGCUGUCCCCCCGCGCGGAGCGGGCACCGCUGCGUGGCCGACAGCUCCAACCUGUACGUGUUCGGGGGGUACAACCCCGACUACGACGAGUCGGGGGGCGCCGACAACGAGGACUACCCGCUCUUCAGGGAGCUCUGGAGGUUCCACUUCGCCACCGCCCGCUGGCACCUGCUGGCCACCGAGGGCUACAUGCCCAGGGAGCUGGCGUCCAUGUCACUUGUCCUGCACGGGAACAACCUGCUGGUGUUCGGGGGCACCGGGAUCCCCUUCGGGGAGAGCAACGGCAACGACGUCCACGUCUGCAACGUCAAGUACAAGAGGUGGGCCCUGCUCAGCUGCAGGGGCAAGAAACCCAACAGGAUCUAUGGACAGGCCAUGGCCAUCAUCAACGGGUGUCUCUACGUGUUCGGCGGCACCACCGGCUACAUCUACAGCACCGACCUGCACCGGCUGGACCUCACCACGCGCGAGUGGGUGCAGCUCAAACCCAACAGCCUGUCCUGCGACAUGCCCGAGGAGAGGUACCGACACGAGAUGGCCCACGACGGGCAGAGGAUUUACAUCCUGGGAGGGGGCACGUCCUGGACAGCCUAUUCCUUGGACAAGAUCCACGCCUACAACCUGGAGACCAACACGUGGGAGGAGAUCCCCACCAAGCCGCACGACAAAGUCGGUUUUCCAGCAGCCAGAAGGUGCCACAGUUGCGUCCAGAUAAAAAAUGACGUGUUCGUGUGCGGGGGCUACAACGGGGAGGUGAUCCUGGGGGACGUGUGGAAGCUCAACCUGCAGAGCCUGCAGUGGCUGAGGCUGCCAGCGGCCAUGCCCGAGCCCGUGUACUUCCACUGCGCCGCCGUCACGCCCGCCGGCUGCAUGUACGUGCACGGAGGGGUGGUGGACAUCCACGAGAACAAAAGGACUGGCUCCCUGUUCAAGAUGUGGCUGGUUGUUCCCAGCCUGCUGGAACUGUGCUGGGAAAAGCUCCUGGAAUAUUUCCCCCACUUGGCAACUCUGCCCAGGCCUCAGCUCCUGCACCUCGGACUGACGCAGGCACUGGUGGAGCGGCUAAAAUGAGGGCCCUGCUCCUCCCCUGCUGCAGAGCCCCCUUCCCACUCCUUAUUUAUGGAUCCAGGAGCCGCAGGAGCAGGGAGAGCCCGCCCAGCUGAGCCUGCAAAUCCAGCCGUGCCUGCCGGAGCCUCCCCUCGGACCUGCUGGGAAAACAAACUACAAACAACAAACCAAUCCCCUUUUUAUUUAUGGAGCUCACCCAUCCCAAAAAACCUUCCCUGGGCCUCGGCCCCCGACCAUCCCCCGCUCGGUGAUUAAUUAGGGAGCUCGUUAACGAAUGUCUCCACUGCCCAGGAGCAGUCGCUGCAUACCCACCCCCCAGCUGCUGCUUUCCCUGGAUAACCCCUCCCUGCCCCCCAGCUGAGCUCCCAGCAAUUCCUCCUGCUCUGCACGUGUCUCCCGGGCAUGUUCCCACCCCCAGGCUCCGCAGGAAUGUCCCAGCUUUCCCUGGAGCACCGCUUGGAAACACCACCACCCCCCCCAGUCCUACCCCGGCCGUGCUCCCGCGUGGAAAGGUUUGCUUGGAAAACUCCCAGGAAAAGCUGCCACUGCAGGGGCUGCCGCAGGAGGGGGAGGGAGGAGGUUGGGCCGAGGCUGUUUUAACCUUUCCUGCUCCUGGAAUGAACCCCUGGAAAACCCUGAGCCCAAGAUCUGCUGGACCCACGUGGGGCCCUGGGUCUCUGCCUUUGCGGCUUUCCCUCCUUCCCACUCCUCGUUCCUCGGCCCUUCCCUCGUGUCCCGCUGUCCCCGCGCCCCGGGGAAAAUGGUUGGAAGUGUGGAAGGCCGUGGCUUCCUCAGCCUGGGAAUUCCAGGGGGAAAAGCGGGGAGAGGGAGCCAAGGGAGCGGGGGAAGGAGGGGCUGUCCCCACUCCUGUGCUCCGUACCUUCACCUUGGCCCUUCCAGUGGCCCCCGGAAUUCCUGCUAAAUCCUUCCUUUUCCGUUGCAGACCGUUUUUUAAGUGCCUUUUCUUUCAAACAUCGGCUUCUCCCGCUCUGCCAGGGCCGAGGGUCCCGCUCUGGGCUUUCAGUUCCCUUGGAGGGGUCGCGUUCCGGCGUUCCCGUCCCAAUAAACCGGAGCGUUAAUCCCGA